AUUAGUUUAUUAAAUUCAAAUGUUUGUGUGGAAGAAAAUAAUAAUAUCUUUAAUUAGUCAAUGUGGUGAUAAUAAUCUGAUAUGUUAAGUUAAACUAUGUAGCAGUCCAGCAGCUCGUGCUGCAUGCUUUUUGCUCAUAUGAAUAUUCAAAAAAGCCGCAACAAAGUUGAAAAAUCGAUUUUUCAAACGCAAUCGAAAUAGAACAGGAUGUGCCAUUAAAUCAAAUAUUAGCCUAGAAUCUUAGAAUACGCUGCUGACAAUGCCAGAGAAUUUGGAGCUGCAUCAGUUUGUGGAUGGGACGAGAACGGGGGAUUUAUCAAACCAAUGGGUGGAACGUCUGAAGAGGCGGGCAAACUGUCCGUAUCUGGGCAUUAUACUGGCCACGCUUUCAUCGCUAUUCUUCUCACUAUGCUCGGUGAUAGUCAAAGGACUCGUGGAUGUCAAUCCCAUGGAGCUGGCAUCGUUCCGCUUUGUGGGCGUGCUCCUGCCCACCAUUCCAAUACUCAUAUACACAAAGCAGCCGGUGUUCCCGGAGGGCAAACGAGUGAUUCUGAUGCUACGCUGCUUCAUGGGCACCACGGGAUUGAUGCUCAGCUUUUAUGCCUUCCGGCACAUGCCGCUCGCCGAUGCCAGUGUGAUUAUAUUCUCCACCCCUGUGUUCGUUGCCAUAUUCGCGCGUGUCUUCCUCAAGGAGCCGUGCACGCUCUUCAAUGUGGUCACUAUCAAUAUGACGCUCCUUGGCGUCGUCCUGAUCACCAGACCGCCCCUGGUCUUUGGUGAUCCAGUGCCCGAUUCCGAUAGCGAAAAGUAUUCGGAUAAGACGUACGAUAUUUGGGGACCAGUCGCUGCCAUAUCAUCGACGCUAUUCGGUGCCAAUGUUUACAUCCUACUGCGUGCCCUCAAGAACCUCCACUUCUCAGUGAUCAUGACCAAUUUUGGAGCAAUUGCAUUAGUCUACACCCUCAUCGUAUGCGGAUCCAUUGGUGCGGUAUGCUGGCCCAGCUGUGGACGCGAUCGCUGGCUGGUCGUCGUCCUGGGCAUCUUCAGUUUCCUGGGACAAAUCCUGUUGACGCUUUCGCUGCAGGUGGAACAAGCCGGUCCAGUGGCAAUCGCACGUUGUGCCGACAUCGUAUUCGCGUUCAUCUGGCAAAUCAUGUUUUUCGGUGAAGCUCCCAAUGCCUAUUCCUUGUUUGGUGCUCUAAUGGUCGUCAGCUCGGUUAUUCUGACUGCCAUGAAGAAAUGGGCCAUGACACUGCCCCGGGAAUCCUCGCUCCGUAAGCGAUUACGAGUCAUUCUACUGGAGUAGACCAAGAUCUUGUAGUGAUUGAUAGAUUGAUUAGUUGUAUUGAUAGUUAAUGGAAUGCUUUAGACACGUUCGUGGUUUCUUUCAACUUAGCGUAUUGACGCUCACAUUGUACUUCAAAAUCAAAUUUGGGCAUCAGGGAACAAUGCUCAAAACUAAUUCGUAACAUAUUAAAAAGCUCAGCUUUUAUAUUUACAUAUAUAAAGGCGCAUUACUUAAACACCUACAUAUAUAUUAUACAUAAAAUAGGCAUAAAGUUUUAAAGUUCGAGCGUGAUACUCAUACCAUCAAUAAUAGUAAUAUUCAUACACACAGAGCUGGGAGUAUUGAUUAAAGUUUGUUUUCAUUAAAUUAUUCACAAAUAUUUGAUUAAAUUAGCUAAGUUUUUCAACUAUAUCUAAAUCCGAUUGACACGAUGUAUUUAAAAUCGAAUUCUCACUCUUUCUUAAAUCAAUUAAAAUCGAUUGAAAUACAACUUCAACAAAUAUUCAUAUUUGUAUCACUUAAUAUAUGCAUAUUUCGAAUUUCCCCUAUCUCAAAAUCCUAUUUUUUUUGUCAGGUCCCUAGUUAGAGUCGCCGUUCUGCCACAUAUAUAGAACUACAGUUUGAAAAAUAACUGGGUUAGAAUCCUACACUGCCAUGUUAAUCAAUUAUCCAAUUAUACUCAUUAUACUAUUUUCAUGGGUUAUUCAAUUUAAAGAGAGGAGAAUCAAAAUCAUACUAUGACACUGAUAUCGCUUUAAGUGGCAUGUAGCGUGCUCAUAAUAAUUAUAAUAAACGUAUUCAAAAAAAAUUUCACAACGAUUUAGUAGUAGUUGAAAAAUGUAACUAAUUAUAUCUGGUUCUAGUGGCACACUGGAAGAUCUCCACUAAAUAUUACAAACGUUUUUUUUUGUAAAGGUUUUCUUGAUUCAAAAAUUUAAUCACUAUUCCCACAUAUUGACUAUGAUAUACACACACAUACUAAUGACACAACUAUUUGAUUUAGUUUAGCGAAAUUCAUUAAGUUGUUGUUUUGUACAUUGUUAUACAUGCUUAUACUACAGAAGGUAUUUCCAUAAAAAUGAACUAAAUAAAUAAAUACAACUUGUGUAAAAUUAAA